AUGGCAUCCUGGGCCUGCUUGAGACGCUUCGUAUCGUCGUAGUCGACACCGUCGAAUGUGGGGGGGACCUGGGGCUUCUUGGCCAGGAAGGCCUCGGAUUCGGGAGUCGGCAUAAUGACGUGUUGUUGGCUGCACCGAGCGUUCUCAAGUGAGCGCAGGCCGUGUGAUGGAGUGAGUGCUGAGCGGGACGUCGGUUCGGCCGCUUCAAUGAAGCUGUGAUGCGCACCUUCCCUGCGUUUCGCCGACAGCCAAUGGCAAGCUAGCGGAGUUUGUGCCCGGAUUCUCAGGCAGUGUAGCAGUCUUGGCAUGUGACCCGCCAUCCGCCCCGCCAAAAUUUUCAGCGAUAACCUUAUCUACCUCCAGCCACUCCUUCCCCAAGUUUUUUCUGUUUUUUUUUCUUCCCUCGAGUUCUCCUUCCUCACCUUUCUUCACACAAUUGUCCCUUUGGAAAACUUUUCAAUCUAUUUUCCAUCAAUCACAUCAAAUUCACAAUGGGCAAGACAAAGGACACCAAGGCCGUCAAGGCCAAGGCUGCCCCCGCGAAGGCUGCCGCGCCUGUCAAGGCCGUUGCCGCGAAGGUCGAGAAGUCCAAGGGCGCCGCCAAGAAGGUCGUCAGCAAGAAGUCCAAGAAGGUCGAGUCUGAGUCGGAGAGCGAUUCCGAGAGCGAGUCGGACUCUGAGGCUAGCGACAGCAGCUCCGAGGAGGAAGCCGACUCCGAGUCGGACGUUGAGAUGGCCGAUGCCCCCAAGGCCGCCGCCACUAACGGCAAGGCCAAGGCUGCUAAGGCCAGCUCUGAUUCCGACUCUUCCGACUCUGACUCUGACUCUGAGGAGGAGUCUGAGGAGGCGGAGGAGGAGAAGCCUGCUCCCAAGGCUGCCAAGGCGAACGGCAAGGCUAAGAAGGUCGAGUCUGAGUCUGAGGACUCGGAUGAGUCUGAGGACGAUGACGAGGAUGAGGAUGACUCCAGCGACUCUGACUCUGACGAUUCCGACUCCGAGGAGGAGUCCGCCGAGGAGAAGCCCGUUGCCGAGAAGCCCUCGAAGAAGAGGAAGGCCGAGGAGGAGCCCGAGGCCGCUGAUGCCUCCGCCAAGAAGACCAAGUCCGAUGGCGAGGAUUCCGAGAAGAGCUCCACCCUUUGGGUUGGCAACCUCGGCUGGGGUGUUGAUGACAACGCCCUGUACGAGGAGUUCCAGAGCAUCGACGGCAUCGUCAGCGCUCGCGUCGUCAGCGACAAGGAGACUGGCCGCUCGCGUGGCUUCGGGUACGUCGACUUCAACAGCGCCGAGGCUGCCGAGAAGGCCUACAAUGAGAAGACCGGCGCCUUCCUCCAGGGCCGUGACCUCCGCCUUGACUUCGCUUCCAAGCCCAGUGGCGAUUCCGCGCCCAAUGCUCGUGCUGCCGACCGUGCUCGCAAGCACGGUGAUGUCAUCAGCCCCCCGAGCGACACCCUCUUCGUUGGCAACCUGCCCUUCAGCGCCGACGAGAACUCUGUCUCGAACUACUUCAACGAGGUCGCUCAGGUCCAGAGCCUCCGCAUCCCCACCGACCAGGAGUCUGGCCGCCCCAAGGGCUUCGCCUAUGUGACUUUCUCCUCGAUCGAUGAUGCCAAGAAUGUGUUUGAGUCUCUCAACGGCGGUGACCUGGAUGGCAGGCCCGUCCGUCUGGACUAUGCCAAGCCCCGUGACAACAACGGCGGCGGCGGCGGUGGCUUUGGUGGCGGCCGUGGUGGCCGUGGUGGUCGUGGCGGUGGCCGCGGCGGUUUUGGUGGCCGUGGCGGCGGUGGUGGUUUCGGCGGCGGCCGUGGCGGUGGUCGCGGUGGUGGUCGCGGCGGGUUCGGCGGUGGCCGCGGUGGUGGCGGUGGCUUCCAGGGCAAGCGCACGACUUUUUAAGUCAGAUGAUACAGCCGCACAUGAGGGACACAACGAGGGUUUUGCACAGUACCAUUCGAGGGCUUGUGGGUUGUCGGCUUUUGAACUCUAACUCCCGUGCCGGGAGCCGUGGGCUUUGAGAGAGAGAU